AAAUACACACGUUCGAUAACUUUGGAAUGUUUUUAUACGAAAAAAUAAAAACAUAAAAAUGGAUUUAAAAUCGGGGAUUGUGCUCUUAAUGCUCCUUAUUGGGAGCUUAGCCGCCCCGAAACCCGAAGAAGACAUGUCGAUUUUCUUCAACCAAAUGGACCCGGAGGCGCGCAUCGUCGGCGGGACCCAGGCGCCUCAGAGCCGUCACAGGCACAUGGUGGCACUGACCACCGGCGUGUCGGUCCGCAGUUUGGUCUGCGGCGGCUCCCUGGUCUCCGUGAGGACUGUACUCACAGCUGCGCACUGUAUCAACGCUGUCUUCUCCGGUGGUGCACUUAACAGCAAUCUCCGGGUAGUAGUCGGCACAACAUAUUGGAACUACGGCGGCACUGCAUACGCCAUCGAGCGUAACGUAACUCAUUCUAACUACGUGUCUUCGACCAUCAAGAAUGACAUCGGGCUCCUAAUCACCACAACAGACGUCGCACUAUCUAAUACGGUGGUCGUGCUGCCGCUGAAUUUCGACUUCCAACCCGGCGACGUGCAGGCCCGAGUCGCCGGCUGGGGCAGAAUUGCGCAAGGCGCAGCCCUAUCGGCUGUUCUCUUAGAAUUGAACGUACCAACGAUCGACGGCCAGCGCUGCAUAGAAGAAGUACAAGCAGCCAGCGCCCAGUGGAACAUGAACGCGCCCCCUGUCGAGCCACACAUAGAGAUCUGUACUUACCACUCGCCUGGCUAUGGCGCCUGUAAUGGUGACUCCGGCAGUGCUUUAGUGCGUAUAGAUAUCCAUGAGCAGAUUGGUAUAGUGUCGUGGGGCUUUGCAUGCGCACGUGGUGCACCUGACAUGUUUGUACGUGUCAGUGCUUACAGGAAUUGGUUGCUGGAAAACAUCGUCUGAAAUGCUUGACGCAAAUAGUACACACACCCUGAUAGCAUCGUGACCUUUGUGUCUCUAAAAUGUCUUUAUUUAGUCUAUAAUUCUAUUUAGUCUAUAAUUAGGUCUAUAAUUCUAAAAAUAUGCCAUUUUCAGUUAUUUUAGUGUCUACAGCUCUAAAAAGAUGCCAUUAUUUAGUCGUUUUAUGAUCCACGACACAAUAAUACGCUCUUAUUUAGUCAUUUAGAAUCGCAGACCUUAGAAAGACGUUAUACUUUAGUUAUUUUAGACUCAACGACAUUAAAAACAGUUUUAAAAAUUUUUAGUUCACAGUCUGUACGUAGUCUGCGACUAAAAAGACCUAAUUCUUUUAGUUUUUUUUUCAUGACCCUAAUUACGUGUUUUUGAGUCAGACGACGCUGUGCUAUCUGGGGAGCGGAGAUUAAAGAUAUUGUAAAAUAAUUUGAACUGAAAACCAUUUUUCUAUUGUAAGAAAAACGGUAUAUUUUAAUUAGGCAUUAUAUUAUACAUUAUAUCCGAAAUAAAAAAAAAAUGUAUAAAAAUAAAUAUAUGAUAGUAAUUAAA